CCGUUACUCGACCGAGGAAGCCGACACUGUCAUAGGAAACACGACUGUUUUAUUCUCCAGAUUUCUUCACUUGGUUUUACGGUAGUUACUCCAUCCACACAGUCCUCUCGACGGGAUUGAAAUGUUACAUUUUCGGUCAACGGUAGCGCUCAAGGAGUUAUUUCAAACCCAGCUCAAGCGUCCGUUGACAGGUAGAGUCGGUGUGAAAGCCGCACCUGCGACCGCUGCCUGCUUGAGUACCGUCACUUCGAAUGGCUGGUCACCGGGCAGAGGGAGGGCAUUUGCCGGGUGGAGAGCUCAAGCCCCGCAGCACUUCACCAGAAAGCACGGCGUGAGAGGCUUUUGCUCCAAGGGCCACAACGACGGCCACAACGACGGCCACAAUGAAGCCUCCAAGGACUCUGCAGCGGAGAAGAGAAGGAAGGCAGGCAUCCUGCCCAGUCUGGAGGACCUGCUCUUCUACACCAUCGCAGAGGGCCAAGAGAAAAUCCCUGCACACAAAUUCACCACAGCUCUUAAAGCCACUGGGCUUCGCACAGGAGACCCCCGGCUGAAAGAAUGUAUGGAGAUGCUGAAGGUGACCUUGAAGACGACCUCUGACGGAGCGCUGGACCGGCACCUCUUCAAAAAAUGUGUCCAGAGCAACAUUGUUCUGCUCACCCAGGCCUUCAGGAAGAAGUUUGUCAUCCCAGAUUUCCAGCCCUUCUGCGCCCACAUCGACGAGCUCUAUGAAAACGCCAAGAAUAUGUCCGGAGGGCAGGUGGCAGACUACAUUCCCCAGCUGGCCCGCUUCAGUCCAGAUCUGUGGGCUGUCGCCCUGUGCACCGUCGAUGGACAGAGGCACACUGUCGGUGACACCAAGGUUCCCUUCUGUCUGCAGUCGUGUGUCAAGCCUCUGAAAUACGCUAUUGCUGUUCACGACCACGGCACCGAGUAUGUUCACCGCUUUAUUGGCAAAGAGCCCAGCGGCCUGCGAUUCAACAAGCUCUUCCUGAAUGAAGACGAUAAACCUCACAACCCCAUGGUUAAUGCCGGUGCUAUCGUCUGCACCUCCCUCAUUAAGCAAGGGGCAAGCAACGCCGAGAAAUUUGACUAUGUCAUGAACUUUAUGAACAAACUGGCGGGAAACGAGUACGUGGGCUUCAGCAACGCCACUUUCCAGUCGGAGCGCGAGUCUGGAGACAGAAACUUUGCCAUCGGCUACUACCUGAAGGAGAAGAAGUGUUUUCCGGAGGGGACAGACAUGACCUCCAUCCUGGACUUCUACUUCCAGCUGUGCUCCAUUGAGGUUACCUGUGAGAGCGCCAGCGUCAUGGCGGCGACUCUGGCCAACGGCGGCUUCUGUCCAAUCACGGGAGAGCGUGUGCUGAGCCCCGAGGCGGUGCGGAACACUCUGAGUCUGAUGCAUUCGUGCGGCAUGUACGACUUCUCCGGACAGUUCGCUUUCCACGUCGGCCUGCCGGCGAAAUCUGGCGUGGCUGGUGGGAUUCUGCUGGUCGUUCCAAACGUGAUGGGCAUCAUGUGUUGGUCUCCUCCUCUCGACAAGCUGGGCAACAGUGUCAGAGGCAUCCAGUUCUGCACGGACCUGGUUUCUCUCUGUAACUUCCACAACUACGACAAUCUGAGGCACUUUGCAAAGAAACUGGAUCCUCGCAGGGAAGGAGGAGACCAGAGGGUGAAGUCAGUGAUCAACCUGCUGUUUGCUGCCUACACAGGAGACGUCUCAGCCCUGAGGAGGUUUGCUCUGUCCUCCAUGGACAUGGAGCAGAGGGACUACGACUCCAGGACGGCCCUGCAUGUAGCGGCGGCUGAAGGACACACUGAGGUGGUUCGCUUCCUGCUGGAGGCCUGUAAAGUCAACCCAGUUCCCAGAGACAGGUGGGGGAACACGCCGAUGGACGAGGCCGUCCACUUCGGCCACCACGAUGUGGUGACCAUCCUCCGAGAUUACCACAACCAGUACAGCCCUCAGGAAAGCACCGACGACAAGCAGAACGCAGAGAAGAACCUGGACGGUUUGCUCUGAUGGAAAACUCUUAAUAGGAGACUCGAGGUGACGGUGUCCUCUGAGGUGAAAAACUCAUCACUUUGCACUUGGGAAAAACAUUUUGAACCUAGAUCAGACAGGAAGUCCUGAUAAACAACCACACGUAGAAGAUUAAAACAACCCACAUAAUAAACUGUACUACACUGUCCCUCCAGUGUAACAGCUCCUCAUCAUGGUGUUAGUAGAUGUUGUUGGUUUUUGUAUUAUAUUCAUGUAAGUGGGGAAAUAUUUUUUUUUUAUUUUUCUCCCUAUUUUGUCAUGAGCUUUGUAGCUUUGUAGGAAAUGACCAGCCUCCAGUUGAAUGCUGGACCUUCCUCACUUCAUCAUCACAACCUGGUGGAAUGUAUCUUCCCCCAAACACUUAAGUGUGUGUGUGUGAUAUUUAUUUAUCUAUUGAGAUAAACUGUACAUUCAUGUAGUGUGUGUAUAUCCCUGAGGUGAGUUAGUGUAAAUACGUACAGGUGUAAAGCUGUAGCUCUCAAACAAAACAAGUUCACGAUGAUGUAGAUUUCACUAAAACAUUAAAAUACGACUUUUAGAUUUCAACUUUAAAAUAUUCAGACAUUUUGUUUUUUUUCUCCCAGAACUGGAUUUUUAUUUUCCUCUUUUUUUCUGUAUUAUUUACUAUUUAUUUUGCAUUUUGUUUUUGUAACCUGUCAGUAAGUCAGCCAAAGUUUGUUGACCAUUGAAAGAGUUAAAAGUUUCUACAUAUCGGAGACGACACUGCCAGCGCUGACUCACUGUAAAGAUCCACCUGCAACAUGAGAAGUCUGUUUGUUUUUAUUACUGAGCAGUACAGCACAAAAACAGGAUUAGCUUGUCUACAGUCUUUUACGUUGCGACCCGAAGCCUCUUCUUACAUUUCUUCUUGUGUUUACAGUGAUAUCAUUCCUGUGGUGACUGUCUAUUUACAAACCAGGAAAAUAAAUGCAUUAUUUCUGCAAUACUUUAACUAGUUUUAGCCCAAGCUUGUCAAACUAAUGUAAAGGAGUGUUUUAAUCUGGUGUCCUGGCAGACAGUCACCUGACGCGACAGUCAGUGAACGCAGCGCUAUCACUGAACUCAGGUCAGUUUAAAAUAAAGUCAAGUCUUUUGUUUGAGUGCAGUAUCGAGGCUUUUAGCACUCUGUGAUGUAUCACGAUUGAUGAUGGUUUGUUCAGUCUGUAAAAAGUUUAUAAUGCAGUUUUUUUUAAUUUUAUUUUAAAUGUAAUGUGUGAGAGAUUGUGCAGAUGUUUGGAGUGUUUUAGUUGAAACUUCAAACAGGUUGGGAUCAGUUCAUUCACGUUGAUGAAAACUUAAAUUCAAGUUAAAAAUGAACUGAAAGAAGCACAAAACUGCAAUAUUUUAGAAAUGUAAUAAGAUGAAAUCAGCAAUAUGGAUUUGAUUCUUUUUGAUAUGAACUGAUCUCGACCUGCAGCUCGUCUGUUGUCGGUGACA